UAAAAUAAAAAAAAAUAAAAAAAAAAAAAAUAAUAAUUAAUUACAAAAAUGCUUCCAACAGAAAUAUGGGAGUUAAUAAUUAAUCACAUUAAUGAUCCAUGUGAAUUAAUGAAACUAAAAUGUGUUUGCAGAAAAUUCAAUAAUCUCAUAGAAACAAAAUUAAUAAAAUCAAAAUUAUGGGAAAAAUUGUGUUUAGAAAAAAAUAUUUUACCAUGGAAGGAUCAUAUUAUAAGAAAAAGAUUCCCGGGAGUUAUAAACAAUGAUCAUUUUUUAUCAAAUUUACAUCAGAGGACUUGGAAAAAAAUUUACCACUCAUAUAAAAAAUGGUCCGUUUUACCCCAACUUGAAUAUAAACACUCGAGCUGUGACUAUGGUGAUCAAUUCCUGGGUGAAAAUAAUAAAAAUGACCAGUCAUUAAUUACAUGCACAUGCGUUUGGAAAAAUCAUCUGGCGGUGGGCACGAGCAAUGGGUUUAUUUAUUACUUUACUGUCAACCAUGACAAGCCGCUGAGAAAGAUGUUCGUGAUGAACAAUGAGCAGGCGUUGAUGCAAAUUCAUUUUUGGUACACAGAUACCAAAAAAUUAUUAAUGGCAACGCUUUCAAAAAAUUAUAAUUUAAAAUUUUGGGACAUCGACAAACGUCAAAUUAUUGAAACACGAUCAUUUUUAGCUACGAAUAUUUGUGUUGGAUUAACGCAUCGUUUUUUUUCUGAAUGGAAUUGUCGUAUAACUGAACACGAAUGGAAGCCGACUGGUCUAGACGUAAAACGUUCAUUUGAUUUUUGUUGCCCGAAUCAUGGAGAUUGUACUCGUAAAAUAUUGGCAAUGUAUCACGAUGAUAAAGGAUUGAUACUAAAGGCGUUGGCAGACUAUAUAUUUAUAUUUACAUACACAAUAGAUUUUUUAGAAAGUGGAAAAAGAAAUAUUACAAUAACGGAGUUCUAUAAAUUACACCCUGAGAGUAUUGAUGCAAGUGAUUUAUUUAUUCAGUAUAUUGCUAUCAAUAAAGUUGCGUUCAUUGCUAAUAGCAAACACUUGUAUAUUUUAUUUGACGGACUUGGAACUAAAAUGACUGAUGAGAAUUAUAGUACCCGUGGUCCUUACAGAAGAUUUCAAAUUCCUGUAUCAUCGAUUUUUAUGCAUUCGAAUUUGAUAAUCAUGGGUCUGAAUAAUGGAAAUUUGUGCCUCAAAUAUUUCAAUGAGUUUAAAGACCUGGACACGGUAAAUUUUCGCCUUGAAUUAUUUAAAACAAUAAAAGUUGACACAAAGCCAAUUAUUUCAUUAAAUAUCACCGAUUUCAAUGGUACUCCAUGUAUUAUUGCAAGUACUGAGAGUGCUGUACAUCUGGUACAUUAUUGAAAGCCAUUAAAAGUAUUAAUUAUUUUUUAUCGAUAAAUAAUUUUCCGAACUACAAAUAAUUUUUUUUGUAUAUUUUUAAAUUACCGAUUAUGAAUUAAAUAAAAAAAUAAAAUAAAUAACAUUUAUAAUAAUAGUGAAUUUUGAAAUUAAACGGUAAUUAAAAUUGUAUAAAAUGUAUUUGAAUAUUUAUUUUUUUUUUCUAUUGUUUAUAUUAA